AUGAUCCAUCUCCCAGACAAAAGUAUCCAGAAUGCCAACAUAGUCUUCUCCUGUGGGGCCAUACUCAUGUUGGUAACGGGCAUCGUCAUGGAAAAUUGGGUGGAAUUAAUUCCCAAACUGAGAAAGGAAAAGACUACCCACAGUCCAUGGCUGGGUUGCUGUCCUGCUUAUUGGCCUGAAGGUAGCCUGGGAAAAAUCAAACGCAUGAUGAUGAUGAGUCUCAACAUAGCCAUCUAUCUUAACUUGGCCUUAGGUCUUCAGUACACCUCUAUGAUUUCUCAAAAUAAGUGUGUGCACCUCGUUAUUGGCUUCAUGAAUUUCUUCACAGGUAUCUUCUGUUUCAUACAAUCCUCAAAUAGAUGUGCCUGCUUACUGAACAGAGAAGGUAGUGGCAAAAAGCUGACUGGAAAUUCAAUCCAAGUUAUUUCCCUUCCAGAGCGCGCCAUAAUGCCUCGGAGCAUUGUCCAUGUGCACUCCACCAUCUCAAAGGAUGGCAGCUCGAACAAGCCACAUGUCCAAACACGUCGUGUAACCUGGGCUCUAUGA